CACCUGUGACACCUCUCCAUGACAGGAAGAUCCAGUUCACGGGCCAUUAGGGGAAUACAAGAAGUUGGAAAAACAACUUAUGAAGGAACAAAGGAACAAACAACUUCAAAUAGUUCAAUUCCCUCGUGUACCCCAGGUUCCAAUAACAACAACAUCAGAGAGUACAACUAGCUACGUCCCCCAUUUGGCAAUAGAUCAACAUCAUAGAGAAAAUGGUGCAAAUCAUAGUCAACAAGACUAUAACAUGCUGAACUCAAGUGUACCGAAUUAUGCUAAUCAUUUCCAAUGGCAUGGACCACAAGGAGUAGAAACUCAAGGAAUUACUAGUAAUGGUUCUAAUUUGAUGAAUAUUGGUUUUGGCAACGAUAUGUUUGGAUAUGGUAAUUUACCAUAUCGACCAAUCGAACAAAUUCGAAAUGGUUAUAUCCCAAUGGUUCAUCGUCAAGCUACUUACAAUAACGGUGGACAUGUUCAAUUACAUGAACAAAGAUUUCCAUACAACAAUGUUGAUUUGGGCCUUGAAAGAAGAAGAAAGGACCAAACUGAUCAAUUUGUGCAUCCAAAUUUUAAUGGUAGACAUGUACGAGGAAGGGGAAUUGGGUCAAUUGGCCCAAUGAUUAGACAUAGCCCAAUUAUAUCAAAUUGUAGUUCUGGUUCUAGUGUUGACUCGAUUAUUGUUAAUGCUACGGGGACAAUGGCGAAUCAUAGUGUUAAUGGAAGACAUGUCGAAGAUGGAAGAAAUCAAAGAGCACAAGGUGUUGCAACAGUUCUUCAGGACUUCACUAACUAUAACCACAAUGAUUUACCAGGUGAACAUAAGCAACGAGAUAUGGUUAAUAGAGAUCAUUCAACCUCCAAAUAGCACAUUUUUCACAUUAUUUCUAAGUUUGUUGCCAUAUGAUAUAAGGGGGAAAAGGUGGUAAUUACAGAUUCCUCCUCCAUCAUUCAUUUGUAAGUUCUCCUAAAAGUCCUAUCUCAUAUUAUAUUAUCCUAAAUUUUAUCUUUUU